AUGUCAGAAGAAUACAACUCUCCCCUGAACACACACGGCAUCAAGUGCUUCAACUCUGCCGGGAUGGGCGUAAAACUCUCACCCCUCUUGCAUAUCUCCUCCGCAACUGUUCUCCCCCCAAACGCCCGCCUGGUCGUGACGUCUGGACAGACCGGCAUGCUCGAAGACCUCAGCUACCCAUCCUCGCUGGUCGAGCAGUUUGACCUUGCUUUUGCGAAUGUAGAGGCAUCCCUCGCAGCCGCGGGUGUGCAGGGUGGGUUCCGUGCUGUUUACCAGAUGACUUCGUACCACGUUGGAGGCUUGAGUGGCGGCGAAGUGGAUGAAGCGAUGCAGUUUGUGGUGGAGAAGUACUUUGGCGAGAAUCGGCCUGCUUGGACUGGGGUUGGGGUGGCGGAGCUUUAUGGGGAGGCGAAGAUUGAGGUUACGGCUUAUGCUACACUGAUGAAUUGA